CUGCUGACCUCUGCCCCGGAUUGAGUAGAGGGAGUGAUGGCGGAGGGCGCAGCUCAGUCCCGCACAUAAACAAACCUUAAACCCUCAGCGCUCUCACAGCGGCCACAGACACGGGCACAGCCGCCGGGGUCUGGAGCAUGACUUUAUACCAGAGGAGCCAUUUACUGUGAGCAGCACCAUGUCGAUGGAAGACCCGUUUUUCGUUGUGAAAGGAGAGGUCCAGAAGGCUGUGAACACUGCACAAGGUCUACACCAGAGAUGGAGUGAGCUUCUUCAGGAUCCUGGUGGUGCCUCCAAGGAGGAGGUAGACUGGACCACCAAUGAGUUGAGGAACAGCCUGAGGUCUAUAGAAUGGGACCUGGAAGACUUGGAUGAGACUAUUAGUAUUGUAGAAGCAAAUCCAAGAAAGUUCAAUCUUGAUGCGGUAGAGUUGAGUAAAAGGAAAGCUUUCAUCACCAGCACAAGACAGACUGUCAGGGAGAUGAAAGACCACAUGGCUAGCCCAAUGGCUGUCACCAUAACAGACAAGAAAAGCAGACAGACUCUGUUGGCAGAGGGAGGCUCUCAUGGUCCAAUUUGGCAACCAGGAGGAGGAAGAGGAGCCGGAGGAGGAAGAGGAGUAGCAGGAGGAGGAGACAGGUACACCCGGCUGGACCGAGAGCUCCAGACAGCCAACUCCCAGUUUAUUGAAGAGCAACAGACCCAGCAGCAGCUCAUAGCAGACCAGCAGGAUGAACAGUUGGAGUUGGUGUCUGGGACCAUCGGUGUGUUGAAGAACAUGUCACAAAGGAUUGGACAGGAGCUGGAUGAACAGGCAGUCAUGCUUGAUGAUUUCUCUCAUGAGAUGGACAACACUCAGUCCAGACUAGACAAUGUGAUGAAGAAGUUGGCCAAAGUCUCCCACAUGACUAGUGACCGACGGCAGUGGUGUGCUAUUGGCAUUCUGUUGGCCAUCCUGUUUGUUGUGAUCAUCCUGCUUAUUGUUCUGUGAACGGCACUCAGCCCCCAAACACUACAGCUUUCCUCACCUGCACGGAAGGAUGGACAAAAAAAAACAAACAAGGUGCUUUUGGGGAAAGGAAACCACCUUCUUCUCCAGUUCUUAUUCUGUCACACUGUCUGCUGCUGAGUAUUACGCUUCUUUUGCAACUUUUUAGGCAACUCCAAAAUGCCACAGGUGUGGUACUUUUGCUUAUUUUGAUUAUCUGUAAAUAUCCAUUAUUUUUUCUAUUGUUUUAUUUUCUGUUUUGUUCAUUUUUGAAGCCUAAACCCAAGAGGCUUGUACUAGAGUGGUCUGCAUCACUUACUUUCUCUGUAAGUGUGUUACUGCAACAUGUCACAUUAGGUCUUUGUGUGUCAGUGAAGCUCUAAAGUGCUUUUUCUACUUUCUGCGUUUAGGACCCAUCAUGUUAUUAAUAGACGGUGAUUUAUUGAAGUAAUAACCGGUUUAUUCUUUCACAAAUCUAGGGCUACCGUUUUAUUAACUAAUCAUUUCGCUUCCUGUUCUGUGUACUUGUUCACUAAAAUAGCAGUAUGUUUGCUAUGGUUAUUAAGGACUGACUAAUUGAAGUAAACAUAAAAAGCUAUACUAAACACUGGAGUUCCAUGCUAUGGAACUGGACUAUUUUCUAACCACACUAAUAUUAUUUUAACCACUUAUUAUAUUAAUUAAUAUUUUAUUUUAUGCUUUUCUUCUGAAUUUAUUAAUCAUUUUUUCGUUCAUUCAUUCGUGUUCUUAUUUUUGCAGUUGGUUGAAGUAUAGAAAUCUCCUAAUGUACUUUAGGCUGAGUGAGCUUGAUUAUCCCUGACUGAAAACUGUUUACUGAAGUGUUUUGAAGAUGGGAGCUUGUUUGGGUUACUGGUAACCCAUAUGGACUUGCAAGAUUAGUGUGGGAUUUCAUUUAAAGAGUCUUAGCAGGAGAUGGAGCUCCUGCUGCACAAAAAAUGUUCAAUAACUUCAACCUAGAGGUUUAGACAUAGCAUGUAAAAGGUGCAUAUUGCAGAUUUUGUCCUAAUUGGCUGUUGAAUUACAUGGAAGUGUUCUAAUUAGGCAGGUUAAGCUCAAGCUUAGUUUGAAACCUGCUUGGCUAAGGAGUCCCACUUUCGAAAUCUAUCAAAACUAGCAGUGGAUUCUGGUUAGUUUUGACCGUUUCUGAGCUGUUAUCAAGUACAUCAACAAUAAUCUAAUAGCCACAAUCGCAAAUUGCGUCUUGUUUUUGCACUCCAGUGAGUACUAUUGUUUUAUUUAUUUAGUGUUUCCGAAUGUCUUCCAUAUUGUUUGAGUUCUUUUUGUUUAACUUUUGUUUAUCUAUGUUUACGAACAAAGUGUAAAAUGAUCAGUCAUAACACUAAAACUAACUACAUGAAUUUUUGAUGUUGGAGCAUCUGUGUGAGCACCUGUAAGCCGUGACCCUGUAGCAAGCCUCUUCACGGGUUGUCCUUUCCUGUAGCUCUUUGGUUGGUACUGACCAAUACAUACCAGGAACAUCUCCAAGACCUGCAUGAAGUAUUUAAUGACUCGUUUGAUUGGGUUAGUAAUCAUUUUCAAUUUGGUUCUUGUCAAAGUAUCCACUGAAGUAUUUACUUUACUUAAGUUGUUUUAAUGUUAUGGCUAAUCACUAGCUCUCCACAUUUAACAUAAAUAUAGAAUAUAUUUAAAUCUUUUUUCUCUUCCUUAUUUCAGUUGUCGACGUUAACAACCAAAAAUAGUACAAAUUAAAAUAAAAACUAAAUUUUCCCGCUCUCAUAAAUUAGCUGGGCAUCUUUCCCUGCUAAAAGGCUACUAAAUGGAUUGCUAACGUGUCGCCAGGAGCAUCCAAGAUUCUUUUUUGAGACUUGAUUUUGUUUUCUUUAUUCAGUGCUCCACACAUCGGCACAGACAGACAAGUGUAGAUUGUGUAGCAUUUCACAACAUUGAUCUGGCAAUUCAUGUGCCACUUUAAUGUUUAACAUUAAUGCAAACACUUUCCAGUUUAAUUAAACUUGUCUCCGUUUAUAUUUUGAUGCAUAUGCAUACGGGAAUGUUUUUUUUUAUCAAAAAGUAUUCAUAUCAGUAUUGAUAUCACUGUAGUAUUACUUACUGAAUUGGAUUGAAUACUAGCUAAGGCUCGCUCAACUUUCUGGUAUCAGUAGUAACUUCAGUACAGAUUCAUUUCUGUGCCAGAUUUUCUCUCUAUGGCACCACACAACAACCUCAAAACCAAAGCUGUGUCCAAAACCGUGCCCUAUUUACUAUGUAGUGCACUACUUUACGGUUCUACAAAGUUGUAUUGGUGUCUGAAAACAGUACAGAAUUUUCAGUCCACUGUAACAAUCCAUAAAUUGAUUGAGAUACAUAGUUUAGAAACAGUGUACCCCAACUGACAUGAAAGACCCAUACUCUAUUGCAUUGCUUAAAGAUCACCCUCUGUUUCCUAUGAUAAAGAAAUGCUCUUUACUGUAAAGUGAUCAGGAUUUUUACAUGUAUGUGAUAGUGAUUAGGGCACAUUUUUAGACACAGCUCAAGCUAUAAUAUUACAUAAAAUGUGAAAGUUUAUGUGAAAUGUUAAUGUGUAAAAACACAUUUUAGGAGCAAUAAUAAGAUAUUUCUAUUUCGAACAGAUUAUGAAAUGAUAACAAAUAGAGAUGUGUUGGUUUAAGGCAGCUGAAGGCCUGUUUUACUCGUGUUUCCUCAGAAGUUCCUUCCUGUUCAUUGUGACUAACCAUGUGAUCAGCACACACAUGAGUCUUUCAUUUCAUGUUCUGUGAUGUGGAACUGAAGAUCACUGCUAAUAGCUCUGUUAAGAUGAUGUGUGAGUAGUCUUUACAAUGGCCUGGAUAGAUCACUGUUAAAAUCCACCUAGAUUUUGUGGAUUUAAGCCUACUGGAAAGCAUAUCAACCAGAGAAUCAACCAGAAGCUGCUGUGAAGUAUAGAAAACUAUGGAGAUAGUGCCUUAGUAUGAUGUACAGUCAAUUAUUUCAGUCAUGCAAGCUUAACAAAUUCAUGAAGUUUAUUUUUUAGGGAGUUUUGCAUAACACUUAAAGAGCCAAUAUCAUAAACACCUCCUCACUUUUUAAGUAAAUGAUUGAUGUAGUAUGUAUACAUUGCAUACAUGGCAGUCCAUACACUCCAUAUAUAUCAAAAUUUUUGCAAAUAUCUGCCUAUCACUCUAAAGUUAUACGAAGUGUUUCAUUUGGACUGCUUUAAGGAGUGUAAAAAAAUCCUGCCAACUUAAUGGUCUGUUCAACCAAAAAAAGAUUGUUGACCCAAAUUUUUUUUUCUAUGUUGUCACUUAAAAUAAAGGUGAUCCAAAUGGUUCUUUAAGUGUGUAUGGGAUUAAGAGAGGUUGGAAAAAUAAUAUUUUUUGGUAGAAGAAUCCACACAGAUUAUUAAUGAACCUCUGAUGGAAAAAUGUAGUUUAUAGAGGUUUUCACAUAAAAUCUCUGGAAAUUGUUCAUGAAAUUCGGUCCGAACGUUAUUCGGAUAUGAAUGGAGAUUUUUAGAUGUUUUAAAUGCAUUCUUAUUUUAGGAAAUGUAACAUAACAGGAAAUGUAACAUAAAUGAUUAAGGCAAGAGUGGGCCCAUGGAUCCUUUCCAGCAGACCCACGUUGUGUAUUUUUCAAAAGAUUACCUUCUGUAUUAAAAUAUUAUAUAAACUUUGUACAAGGGAGCUGGCUGGAUAAAAUCACACCUCCACCAGGUAAUGUCCAGAAAUAUUCUGGAAUACUGAACAUGAGUUAAAAAAAAAAAAACAGAUAAAUGCCUGGAAUGAGCUCUUUAAACAGAUGUGGAAACAGUUUAAACAGUUUAUGGUGCAUUCAUUUCUGCAAAUAUCCUUUUUCAGGUUUCUUUUUGUUUACACAAUAACAUACAUACUUUUAGCAUAUUCUAAUGGAACGGUUUUAAUGUUUGUUAGUCUUUAAUAUUUGUUUUUAUACAGUUUUUGGCAGUCCUAGCAUUUCACUACGAGAUAAGAGCAGAAGGUCUUGCAGGACAUUUCAGAGAAAUGUAGUGGUCUGAUUUUUGGACAAGUUGGUCGAUUUGUCCCAAAAUAUACAGAAAUAGUCUCUUGUUUUGGUUUGUUUUCACAGUUAAAGGAUUACUUUGUUACCUAGUUAUCACGAAGUUCGAGUAUUCAUACCGUUAUGCAAGGUAAUGAUACAAAGAACAACAACCAAGAAAAUCAUGAUCUUAAAUUGCACAAUCAAGUCACGGCUUAUGAGGACCGGUGACAGGGUGGAGAGAAUAUGGUAGCGAAUGGGCUUUUGUUAUUCCAUGUAUUCAGAGUGUCAUUUCUGUGUUAGUUUGACUUGUUUGUUUGAGAGAAUGAACUGAUGUCCCCUUGUUUCCCUUUAACUCCCAGACUCCAUCCCUAACCCUCUUUUCAGAUCCAAUCCUGUGUUUCAUUCACUGUGUGGAAAACUGUGAGUCCCAUUGAGUCCAUUAAAUGCUGAACUUUGCUGAA